UGGGCCGUGAUGAACCUGUCUGUGGUACUGCUGCUUCUAGUCCUGCCGGCUCUGGUCUUGGCCCAAGGCUGCGGCCAUAUCCAACCGUUGCUGGAUCCAGCUCUGAUGAAUGUAGUUCCUAAACUGUCAGAUCUACGGUCACCGCUCCCUCUGACUGGAGGUUCUAUGAUGAGCAUGUCUUCGUCAUUUGAUUUCAAUGGAACCAAUCUGGAGUGGCAGGCGUGGACGGGUCAGCUCCCCGACGGAGCUGUGUCCAUUUACAACACUUACACUAAACGUUUCGACUACAUUUGCAAGCACGGCUGUGAUUCAGGCUACUAUAAUGCCAAGGAAGGAGAUUUCUGCGUCUAUUCCUACGCUGGCCGAGCUCUUCAUGCCAUAGACUUUUCCUUGCUGGUCAACAAAGACAAAUUUGAGAUCUUGCAGUGGAAGGAGGGUUCCUAUGGUUCAGUGGCUUGGAAUGCAGUCAAAAACUGUAAGGACGAGGACAAAUAUGUUGGUAAGAACGAGUACGGACUAGGCAAGGUGCAUGUCACCCACAGAGUCUUUUACUUACCCUGGGGAUACUGGGAGUACAUCUACCCAAAAAACUACAUGUUCUUAACUAUUAACGAGGACGUGGCGGACGAUCAACUAAUGGACGUGGUGUACAAAAUCGAUGGCGUCAACGUGGUGGAGUAUCCUCCAGAAAUGAUGAAAAAUGACACCAUCAAGAACAAAGACUGCCUGGAGGGCAGGGUUACAGACACUAUCAGUAAGAGCAGUAAGGUAGAGCACAGGUGGGACCACACCUUCAGCCUCUCUCUCUCAGCCAGCACCACCAUCAGCACUGGGAUACCCCUUCUGGCCAAGGGAGAAAUCAGAUUUAGCCUUGAGACAAAUGUUGCGCUUACCAUGGGGACCACUUACACCGAGAACAAUGAGCACAGCAUUAAGUUGGCUUUUGUGGUCCCGCCCAACAGCGUAUGCAAAAUCCACAUGGAGGGCAAAAAGUAUGGGGCAGAUAUCCCAUACACCGCUCGCCUAAAACGCACUUAUGCCAACGGUGAGACCAGGUGGACCACUGUCAGUGGAACCUACAGAAGCGUCCAGAUCUCUGAAGUCAAUGGCAAGCUGGACCGCUGUGAACCGUUGCCAGACACCAAGGCUUGCUGA